CGGCUGUACAUAUAACCCCUCUUCUCCCCUCCUUCGUCUCUUUCUCUUCUUCUCAUUCUCAAACAAACCAUUACUGUCCAUACACAAUUCUAUCACCAACAAGACCAAAUUCACGAUCGACUUGAUCAUUACCAGCAACACCAUCCAAAAUGACUCCUCCCGCUGCUCUUUUCGACACUGUCGCCCCCACCACCACCAUCAAGGGUAAGGUGGUUGCCCCCGAGGUUGCCAAGACCACCUUGACCGGUGGUGAGUCUCAGACCAAGCUCUUGGACCAGUUUGGCGGCAAGUGGGAUGAGUUCAAGUUCGCCCCCAUCCGUGAGAGCCAGGUCUCGCGGGCUAUGACUCGCCGCUACUUCCAGGACCUCGACAAGUACGCUGAGACUGAUAUUCUCAUCGUCGGUGCCGGUUCUUGCGGUCUGAGCACUGCCUAUGUUCUUGCCAAGGCUCGUCCGGACUUGAAGAUUGCCAUUGUUGAGGCUUCGGUCUCUCCUGGUGGUGGUGCUUGGCUGGGAGGCCAGCUCUUCUCCGCCAUGGUCAUGCGUCGUCCUGCCAACAUUUUCUUGGAGGAGUUGGGCGUGCCCUAUGAGACCGACCCUGAGAACCCCAACUACGUCGUCGUCAAGCACGCUUCGUUGUUCACCUCGACCCUGCUGUCCAAGGUUCUGUCCUUCCCCAACGUCAAGCUCUUCAACGCCACCAGCGUUGAGGACCUGAUCACCCGCCCGGCCGCUAGCGGUAACCCCAAGGAGACCCGCAUCGCCGGUGCCGUUACCAACUGGACUCUGGUCACCUUGCACCACGACGACCACUCCUGCAUGGACCCCAACACCAUCAACGCUCCGGUCAUCAUCAGUACCACUGGCCACGACGGACCCUUUGGUGCUUUCUGCGCUAAGCGUCUGGUGUCCAUGAACAGCGUCGACAAGUUGGGCGGCAUGCGCGGUCUGGACAUGAACUCGGCCGAGGAUGCUAUCGUCAAAAACACCCGCGAGGUUGCCAAGGGUCUCAUCAUUGGCGGUAUGGAGCUGUCUGAGAUUGACGGCUUCAACCGUAUGGGCCCUACCUUUGGCGCCAUGGUUCUUAGCGGUGUGAAGGCUGCUGAGGAGGCUCUGUCUAUCUUUGACGAGCGCCAGCGCGAGUGUGCCGAGUAAGCACAUUCUCAUAGUGUGAUAGUAUCGUUAUGGCAGCAGCCUGCCAAUCAAUCGAAUGAUUUUGACUCCACGAAGACAUUCAGUAAACCAUUCCCGUAUUUAUUAGUUAUUAUUUGACCUGUAGAAUAAGUGUACAAUAGAAUUAUAGUCCAACCUGUACAGUUACACCCCCUUGGAUUGUUCAACAAUCCUCUUCGCGUUCCGAACCUCCCACUCAAACUCCUUAAGCGCCCGCAACUCACUCGAUACAAACAACCCCCCAAUCAAGCCAUCCAGAAUACCCGCCCCGAAGCUCAGCGUACUAACCAGGACCAAUAUAAACGCCACAUACGACAGGCCACCCGUCCACCAGGCUCCAACAAAACAGCCAAUCGACACAAUCACGGAAAGAAUUAAAUGCGCCAUUCGCCAGCGUCGCUGCGAACGUUCCCGGAGAUUGUACUUGUGGAUCAUCUCGAGGAUGCGGUCGUA